AAUGUUCACCCUGUGGAUUUUCCUGGUCUUCGUUGUCGUACUGAUUUCUGCAGAAGGCAUUCCGGAACGGAUUUUUGGAGGUCACUCUGUGCCCAUUUCUGCCGUUCCCUGGCAGGCUUCUCUGCAACAAAAUGGCAAGCAUACGUGCGACGCUGUAAUCUACAGUGAUCAGAUUGUUAUUACGGCAGCCCAUUGCAUUCCUUCAAAUAAUAGUACUGAAAUAACAAUUCGAGUUGGCUCAUCAAAGGGCAAUUCCGGUGGUCAGCUGGUAAAUGUUUCUACAAUCCAAAUCCACGAGGGUUUUGGCCAGAGUUGGUCCAACAAUAUAGCCGUAAUCAGACUGAAGACCAGUCUUCGAAUGAGUGCUAAUGUAAAAUCCAUUCCACUGGCUGAUAGUUCUCCAGAACCCGGAUCUUCUGCCUCGGUUUCCGGAUGGGGACGUCUAGGAUGUUAUCAGCUCUUGGAAACUACAGUGAACAUCAAGGAUCUGAAUAGUUGUCAAACGUCCUAUGGACAGGGUAUUACUAAGGACAUGAUAUGUGCCGCUGCUGAAGGUAUAGGUUUUUGUUCCGCGGCUUCUGGAGGACCUUUGGUAUCGGAGGGAAAACUGGUUGGCAUUGUUUCUUUCGGAAAAGGUUGUGCUCAUCCCGACUAUCCCGGAAUCUAUGUUGAUGUGGCUCAGCUCAAGUCCUGGAUAUUGAAGGCUAUUAGAAAGCUUUUUUGUCCAUGUACAAAAAAAGUGUAAA